CCCUGUCCUGCCCAGCUAAGGGAGGGGUUCAGCAGCUGAAACUGCGCAUGCUCCUUGGGAGCCCCGGUGGGGGAGGGACGAUAAAGCUGCUGCUGCCGCCUCCGUGUGAGCCGGCUGCAGAAUGAUGUCCAUGUUUCGCUCCAGCUCAUCCCAACUUCCCAUGACAGAGGGAAGAGAAAUGGCUGCAGUGGAGCCAGCUCUGGGGCUGGUGAUCUUCAAGGAGGUGGCUGUGUAUUUCACCAGGGAAGAGUGGGCUCUGCUUGACCCCACUCAGAGAGCCCUCUACUGGGAUGUCAUGCAGGAGAACUAUGAGAAUGUGACCUCACUGGGGUUUCCAGUUUCCAGACCUCCUAUAAUUUCCCAUCUGGAACAAGGGGAAGAGCCAUGGGUCCCAGACCUCCAGGGUUCAGAGGAAAGAGAGAUCCAGAGAGUUGCCUGCACAGCAGGUGACGCAGUGGUACGUGAGAAAGAGGAGCAGAAUUCUCAGCAGGAAAAUGUUGAGCAAGUGGCUGAACACAGAGAAUUAUCGCAAAGAUCAAAAAGGAAUGUGUCCAGGAGUCAUGAGCAGGAAAACUCCUGUGAGAUUCAGCACAGACCAGAAAGAGAGCAAGGAAAGCAGGCAGGGGAGAAAAUGGGUAAAUUUAUUUCCUGUUGGGGAACUCGGAGCGUCAAGGAAACCACAACACAUCAGGAAAUCCUCAUGGGAAAGAGGAAAAAUACAUGCAGUGAGUGUGGAAAAACCUUCACUUACAGCUCAGACCUUUCUCAACAUCAGAGAAUCCACACAGGGGAGAGGCCUUUUAAAUGCAGUGAGUGUGGGAAAAGCUUCACUUCCAAGUCAAGCCUUAUUACCCAUCUCAGAAUCCACACAGGGGAGAGGCCCUAUGAAUGCCGUGAGUGUGGGAAAAGCUUCACUGACAGCUAUCACCUUACUAGGCAUCAGAUAAUCCACACAGGGGAGAAGCCCUAUGAAUGCAGUGAGUGUGGGAAAAGCUUCACUGACAGCUAUAACCUCACUGCGCAUCAGAGAAUCCACACAGGGGAGAACCCCUAUGAAUGCAGUGAGUGUGGGAAAAGCUUCACUGACAGCUAUCACCUCACUACGCAUCAGAGAAUCCACACAGGGGAGAAGCCCUAUGAAUGCAGUGAGUGUGGGAAAAGCUUCACUUACAGCUAUAACCUCACUGCGCAUCAGAGAAUCCACACAGGUGAGAAGCCCUAUGAAUGCCGUGAGUGUGGGAAAAGCUUCACUAGCAGCUCAGGCCUUUGCAAACAUCGGAGAAUCCACACAGGGGAGAGGCUUUUUGAAUGCAGUGAGUGUGGGAAAAGCUUCACUCACAGCUUUCAACUUACUAGGCAUCAGAGAAUCCACACAGGGGAGAGGCCCUAUGAAUGCAGUGAAUGUGGGAAAAGUUUCACUCACAGCUUUUGCCUUUCUCAACAUAAGAGAAUCCACACAGGGGAGAGGCCUUUUAAAUGCAGUGAGUGUGGGAAAAGCUUCACUUCCAAGUCAAGCCUUAUUACCCAUCUCAGAAUCCACACAGGGGAGAGGCCCUAUAAAUGCAGUGAGUGUGGGAAAAGCUUCAGUUCCAAUUCAAACCUUAUUUUGCAUCUCGGAAGACACACAGGGGAGAGGCCCUACAAUUGCAGUUACUGUGGGAAAAGAUUCGCUAGCAGCUCAGGCCUUUGCAGACAUCAGAGAAUCCACACAGGUAUGCGACCCAGUGGAAGCGGUGAGAGUGGGAAAACCUUGUCUUGCCACUGAGCCCAUGUGAGCCAUCAGAGAAUCUGCAAGGGGGAUCAACACCAUAAAACUCUCUAGGGCUAUCAAUACUUUAAUACUUUCCUGAUUCCCACAGAUUAACUUUUAAAAGCUGUUUGAAGCACCGAUAACCCUCACUUUGCCCAGAUGAGUGAGUGACCUGUUUUUGCAUUUUCCAGUUUGACCUCUUUGAGGUGGACUCAUUUGUCCUUUCUAUCAACUCCAUUCUCCCAUGAGUAAUUCUAAUGUGCCCUUCCUAUCAGGAACCAGGGAGCAUCACAUUUAUACCAGUCCUCCUAUUGCCAAGUUAUUGUUAGUCACCAGUGAUACAGAUUGUAUCAUUGCCAGUUGUUCUCAUGCUCUGCUGAAGAGCAGUUAUAAUGGGAACUUUUUCAUAUUAAAUUUAAAUGAAGAGGAGCAGGGGCAGGAAAAAAGUGUCAUUUCAGCCUCUGUGGUACUGGAAGGAGAUGUAAAAAGCAACAGAGUCCUGUGGCACCUUAUAAACUAAAAUACGUAUUGGAGCAUAAGCAAUAUACAGAAACCUGUAGAAGAACACUUCAAUCCCCCUGGACACACAAUAGCAGACUUAAAAGUAGCCAUCCUGCAGCAGAAAAUACUUCAGGGCCAGACUUCAAAGAGUAACUGGAGCUCAGCAGUUUAUCUGCAAAUCUGACACCAUCAGCCCAGGAUUAAACAGACUGUGAAUGGCUAGCCAACUACAGAAGCAGUUUCUCCUCCCUUGGUGUUCACACCUCAACUGCUAGAAGAGGGCCUCAUCCUCCCUGAUUGAACUAACCUCCUUAUCUCUAGACUGAUUCUUGCCUGCUUAUUUAUACCCGCCUCUGGAAAUUUCCACUACAUGCAUCUGACAGUGGGGAUUCACCCACGAAAGCUUAUGAGCCAAUAUGGCUGUUAGUCUACAACGUGCCACAGGACUCUGUGUCAUAUGUUACAGAUCCAGAUUAACACAGCUACCCCUCUGAUACUUGGAAGGAGAUGGGGUGACUCAGAGAUUCCCUCCUUCCCCAUCAUGGCAGAACUGUUACCUUUUGUCUGAGCCAGGCAGAGUUUAUCAUCAUCACAUUCUACCCCUCCACUUCUCAAAGUGUCAUGUGAUGAAGUGUUCUCAGUUGUGUGUGCUUGGAGAUGAUGCUUUGACUUGUUUAAUCCUAUACCAGAGUUGCUAUGAUUGGAGAUGAAAGUAUCAAAGACUGAGAAGGGGAAUUCAAAUGGACCCUAAAUGCAGUGUGAUCAUUUCGAGUUUAAAUCUCAGAUUCCAUCUAUUGGUCAAGCCAGUUCUGGCAAGGCGGCUGCUUUUUCCCCCAUUAUGGGAAUGCUAGGAUACUAAACAUGUUGUAAAUAACAUAACUGACUGUUGAGACAGUGCUCAAUGAAAUAUGUUUGAAUGGAUCAGAGGAGAAUGUGAUGGGAGAAUCUCUUGUCCUGAUUCUAAAUAAUUAGAUGGAACCUGCUCUGGAAUUUCAAUUUA